UAGCCCUCCACAAGUUGGGCUUUAUUAAUAACAUGUGUUUCCAAUUCUUUUGUAAAUGAAUGUAAAUAUUGUUCCUGAUGAAAAAUUACUAGCCCCCUAUUUUUAUAUAUCUGAACUUCCAGGCAAACAGAUCAGAACUAAAUUGUCUAAAGCUUUCAAUCAUUGGCUCAACAUACCAGAUGACAAAAUUGAAUUGAUUGUACAAAUCAUACAAAUGUUACAUAAUGCUAGCUUAUUAGUUGACGAUAUAGAAGAUGAUAGUAAAAUGAGAAGAGGUCGACCAGUAGCACACACUAUAUAUGGAUGCCCUUUAACUAUAAAUGCUGCAAAUUUUAUAUAUUUCCUAGCCCUUGAUAAGGUUUUAUUAUUGGGCCAUGCACAAGCAAUCAAAAUUUAUACAGAAGAACUCUUAGAAUUACACAGAGGUCAAGGAAUGGACAUUUAUUGGAGGGAUUCAUUUGUGUGUCCAUCUGAAGAAGAAUAUUUUUCCAUGGUGGCUAAAAAAACAGGGGGUUUAUUUCGUCUAGCCUUCAAAUUGAUGCAACUCUUUAGCUCAAACCAAUCCGACUAUACCUAUUUGCUCAAUGACCUGGCCAUUUAUUUUCAAAUACGCGAUGAUUAUGCAAAUUUAUUGUCCCCCGAAUAUCACGAGAACAAAGCGUUUUGUGAAGACUUAACGGAAGGCAAAUAUUCGUUUCCCAUAAUCCACGGCAUCAAUCAAGAGACCAAUGGGUUAAGUAGAAUCAGGAAUAUCUUAAAACGUAGAACGGAUGACCCGCAACUCAAAACUUAUUGCGUAGAGGUGUUGAAAGAAAGCGGAUCUUUUAAACAUACCUUGCAGACCUUGAAUGGGUUGGAGGAAAAAAUCCGAGAAGCCAUCGCUCAUUUUGGAGGGAAUGACCUUCUUCUACAAAUUAUUGACAAUUUAAAGAUCAAAAAUUAGUAAUUUUUUUAGCCUCUCGGAAGAAAAAAUUGUUUACAAAUUACAAUAUUUUGAAUUGCCAAAAUAGUUUUAACUCCCCUCCCAUAUUUUUAUUGUUGAUUAUUGAAAAUUUAUUUUGUGAAGUCCCGGUCAUGAUUAAUAAUUUAAUGAAAUAAAUAUUAUUUUAAUUAAAUUUCUUAAUUUACCUUUUCCUUUUAAUAUAAAACUACAAAUUUAAUACCACUCAUUUUUUUUUGUAUAAAAAAAUAACAAUUUUAAUAUAUUUUAUAAUUAUCGAAUGCGAGGUUUAUUCAGGUUAUCUGGAUAAAAGUUGACGUCCAUCUUUGUCAGAUAUUAGUUUUUGAAUAUUUUCUUUAUAAAAUAUAAAUCGCAAAUCUAACCAAUAAAGCAAAUAAUUAAGAUAAUCUAUAUAUCGCUUUUUACAUACUUUUGUUAACUUAUUCUCUCAAUAUUUUUAUCGCAAUACCAUAUUCAUUAACCAUAUCAGACCUAAUCAUUGAACCAAAGAUUUAUUUCAUAUAUACUAUUUUAAUAUGAAAAUUUGCAAUUUGUACAGAUUAUAAUGUAUACUUAUUUAUUAAACAAAUUUAUAUAACUUGUAAAAUUUUAUCGCUAAAUGAUCCAAUUUAUAUAAUUACUUUGGGCAUAUUUUUUUGAAACA